CAAAAAUUUUAAAGUGCUUCCCAUUUUAUAAUUAUUAACAUUCGAAGCUUUCAGAGAUCGUGCAGAGUUUUAAAUACAUUUGAGAGCCAAGCAUCGAUAGAUCGAUAACACUGACUGGCACAUCACGAAGCCGCAACUGCAGUUGGUUUGUUUUUAUCAGCUGUUGCUUCACAAGUUUUAAAGUGUUGCGCUUAUCAAAGCCAAUCCCAGUUCUUCCACAUAUAUAUAGAUAUACACAGACUCGAGAUGAUUGUUUUAAAACGCUUGACGCGUUCAUGCUUGCUGCGCUCCAUUGGCAACAAAAUGAAAAUCUCCACAUGUAGCGCGCCAUUGAUGUGCAAAGCGCAAGCAACAACAGAGGACCUUCGCACCUCUCUGGCUGAUGCACACAAGCAAGGACUACGCAAUCUGGGCCAGCCAACAAGCAUGACACAUCCGCAUUUAAUACGCCCCAAUGAACUAGUGCCCGGCGUAGAGUUAACAGAGUUUCAAACACGACGCACACAGUUAAUGCUGGGACUACAGUCAUAUGCAAACAGCUUUGGUGACGAGUUCAAUGGACGCGCCUCCAAAAAUCAUUUGAUGAUCAUAGGCGCCGCAUCCAAGAAGUAUAUGAGCGGCAAGAUACCGUAUGUGUUUCGGCAAAGUUCCAACUUUUACUAUUUAACCGGCUGCCUGGAGCCAGACUCUGUGCUGAUGCUAAGCAUCAAUGAGGCUGGCGAUGUGCAAUCGACGUUAUUUAUGCGUCCCAAAGAUGCGCAUGCCGAGCUCUGGGAUGGACCACGCACUGGACCUGAUUAUGCUGUGCAAUUGUUCGGCGUUAACGAAGCAUAUGCCAUCGAGCAAUUUGAGCACACCAUAGUUAAACGCGUGGCGCAGCAAAAGCCGCACUUGUGGUUCGACUGGAAGCAAUCUGAACUGCCCAAUAUCAAUGAUACUCUACUAAAGCUCAGCACCAGCGAGAACAUACAGAUGCUACCCGUCUAUUCGCUGGUGGAGAAUAUGCGCCUGAUUAAAUCACCCGCCGAAAUGGAUCUGAUGCGCCAGACCUGUGCGAUUGCCUCGCAAUCCUUCAAUGAAGUCAUGGCUGAGACGCGUCCUGGCCAAUCUGAGCAUCAGUUAUAUGCUGCCAUAGACUUUAAGUGCCGCAUGCGUAAUGCCAGUUACUUGGCCUAUCCGCCUGUAGUAGCUGCGGGUAAGAAUGCCACCGUUAUACAUUAUGUUAACAACACACAGCUGCUGCAGCCACAAGAGCUGCUGCUUAUGGAUGCCGGCUGUGAAUAUGGUGGCUAUACCAGCGACAUAACACGCACUUGGCCAGUCAGUGGUGAAUUUAACGAUGCGCAACGCACGCUCUACGAUAUGAUGCAGCAGCUGCAAAAGGAAGCCAUAGAGCUGAUUUUGCAGCCUGGUGGCGAGACGCUGGAUCAGCUGUUUGAAUCCACCUGCUACAAACUUGGCAAAUAUUUGCAGGAGAUUGGUUUAGUGCCAAAGCAUUUGAGCGACUACAAGGAGCUUGCGAGUCAGGGGUACAAGUUCUGCCCACAUCAUGUAUCCCACUACCUCGGCAUGGAUGUGCACGACACGCCGCAUGUGCCGCGCAAUACGCGUCUGCAGCAGGGCAUGGUCUUCACUGUGGAGCCAGGCAUAUAUAUCGACGAGAAGCGCACUGAUGUGCCACCCGAAUUCCGUGGCAUAGGCAUUCGCAUUGAGGAUGACAUCGUAAUCAAUGAACAAGGCCGUGUUGAAGUACUUACCGAUAGCUGUGUAAAAGAGCGACGUGCGCUGGAACAGCUCUGCAAGGAGCAGAAUGUCGCGUCAGUGGACUGAGCUGGCAAGUGGCCGUAAAACCAAAUUCCUAGUCAUAGUUUGCCUAUUUGUCCCAAGGACUACAGUAUACAUACGAUAAUAAGUCAAAGAUUAAAAACACAUUUGU